AUGGCCAGCAACAACGCCGCCCCCCUCGCACCCAGAGUGACCAUCGACCACCUCUACUUCCCCGAGAUCAUGGACGCCAUCUUCACCGCCGCCGAUACUGGCGCCCUCGUCGCUCUCCGCGGUGCGAGUCGCGAGUUCCGCGACCGCGUCGACCCGCAACUCUUUGCACACAUUCGAGUCUCGUCCCUCAAGGAAGACCCACCGUCGUUGGUCAACUGGCGUACGCUCGUCUUGUACGGCAACAAUGGCGACAAGCUGCCUGUGCCGCCAAUGGUGCGCAUCAAGUCAAAUCCAGAGCAGACCGUGAUCUGCGUCGGUCUGGCCGAGGCGUUUCUGCGCACAGCUCAAGGCCUCGCGGCAGCCCUUGGUACACCCUCGAGCGAGCUGCCUGAAGUCGAGGACGUCCUGCUACCCGAGUUCUGGCUUGGCUACUCCUGCACGCCCGCUCAGCAGGCACGCGACCGGACCCACCUGGCAGGCAUCAUCGAGACACUUGGCCGCUUCAAGGUUGUCUGCAAGACACUCGAUCAGUACAAGGCGACUCUCACACCCGCCCAAGAAGCAGCCGAGCUCGUGCCGAACCGCUCUAUCCUCAAGGUGCUUCAAGGCCGUCCAGGCGGUGCUGGAAGCUAG